AUGCCUAUUCUCGACAUCAACAAGGACCUCGCUGCCCUCUUUGAGCAGCAGGCCAAAGCCACCCCAGAUGCUGUGGCUCUCGAGGAUGAGACUCGCACUCUCACCUACGCCGAGUUGGACCAAGAAACGCAGACUCUCGCUGAUCGUCUGCGCCGGCAAUAUGGAGUCGGCCGGGACCACCUCGUCGGCAUUCUCAUGAACCGGAGUGCCGACUACGUUGUGGCUUCUGUGGCUGCUCUCCGUGCAGGCGGGGCCUUUUUGGUGCUCGAGCUGGCAUACCCUUCCGGGUUGCUGCGCGAUGUGAUUGAAGAUGCGAAGCCGACAAUAGUCAUCACUCAAAAACAGCAUGUCGACCACAUCAAGGCUGAUGUGCCCAUCAUCGCCUAUGACGAGCCUAGCCAGCCAGCCGUCAAUGGACACAAGGAGUCAGAACUCCCUCCGUUGCCCGCCAGCGAUGAUCUCGAGCGUUUGGCAUUUGUGUCCUACUCGAGCGGUACAACUGGCCAGCCUAAGGGCAUCGCCAACCCUCACAGAGCUGCUGUGCGCUCAUACGACCUCAGAUUUGGCCUCAGCGACCUUCAACCUGGCGACAGGGUGGCCUGCAAUGUCUUCUUUGUCUGGGAGAUGCUUCGGCCCCUUCUGCGUGGCGCGACAGUCUUUGCCAUUCCAGACUGUGCUAGCUAUGACCCGACAGCUCUUGUGAGCCUGCUUGAGUCCCGGCGCAUUACAGACACUCUUAUGACACCCACUCUAUUGGCUACUGUUCUGUCUCGUCACCCGCACUUGGGCAGCCGCCUGACAGAGUUGCGAUCUCUCUGGCUCAACGGUGAAGUUGUCACCACCGACUUGUGCCGUCGAGCAAUGAAGGCUCUGCCCAACACCAAACUGCUCAAUGUUUACAGCGCCAGCGAGACCCACGAGGUUGCGGCCGGAGACAUUAGCACGUUCAUUGACUUUGAGGCCCGUGUCUGCCCCGUGGGGCCGCCUAUGGAUCCGGAGCACAUCUACAUCAUGGACGAGGAUGGUAACCGCGUUGGCAACAACAUCAGCGGCGAGCUUUACGUCGGUGGAGACCUCCUUGCACGUGGGUACCUGAACCUGCCCGAGACGACAGCCAAGGCAUUCCACACAGAUCCCUUCGACAAGAAGGAGGGUGCCCGCAUGUACCGGACGGGGGAUCUCGCCCGCAUUCUUCCUAAUGGGUUGUUGGAGAUCACUGGCAGAGCCGGUGGCAUGAUCAAGACGCGUGGCUAUACCGUUCAGCCCGGUGCCGUUGAAAAUGCCGUCGUGAAGCACCUGGCUGUGCGCGAUUGCGCUGUCUCCUCUCACGGUGACGGCCUCGAGAGGCAGUUGGUAGCUUAUGUGGUGCGGGAUAAUGAAGACAAGAGAGGCCGCGCAGAUGUCGUUAUCGACGAGUCUGGAUACAGCCCAGGCGCGAGGCGCAUCCUCUCAGAGCACUUGGCUCUGUACAUGAUCCCCACUUUCUGGGUUGAGUUGGAGCAGCUUCCCACCCACGGAGUCUCUGGCAAGGUCGACCUCAAGGCUUUGCCUCCACCCCCAACCCCCAAGGUUGCCGUCAACGGAGACAAGGAGCAAAAUACCAAGGUCAAGAUGGAGACCGUCAAGAAGCUUUGGGCUGCUUCCCUCAACAUGCCCGCAACUGCCAUCACGGAAGAGCACAACUUCUUCGAUAUCGGCGGCCACUCUCUUGUGCUGGCGGACCUCGCGAAUCGAUUCACCAAGGAGUUCGGAUUCCCUGUUCCAUUGGCUCCUCUUGCGGGUAACCCGACUCUGGAGGGUCACCUGAAGGCAAUUCGUGAUGCUCGCGAUGGUCACACUGCCGCAGUUCAGUCUGAUCUUCCCGCCGUUCUCCGGGCUGACUGUGAGCUUCCCAAGGACAUCAAGUCCAACGGCACUCCUAUGCGCAAGUUGAAUGAUGCCGAUACGGUGCUCCUUACCGGCGCUACCGGCUACCUCGGAGCCUUCCUUCUCAAGCAACUCAUCGAGACUACUGCCGCGCACAUCAUCUGCCUAGUCCGAUUCACGGAUCCGACAGAGGAGUCUGCGCCUGCAGGUAUGGCCAGAAUCCGCAAGAACCUCAUCGAUCUGGGUAUCUGGGACGACUCUAUGCUUGACAGAAUGGAGAUUCUGCCCGGCAAUCUGUCUCGAGAGCAUCUCGGUCUUGCACCCGACGUCUACGACGAGCUCGUCUCCCGAAUUGAGGUUAUCAUUCACGCUGCUGCAACUGUCAACUUGGUUUACCCCUACGCUGCUUUGAGAAGCCCCAACGUUGGAGGCACCAGGGAAAUCUUGCGUAUCGCAUCCAAGAGCGGUGCCACCCUGCACCAUAUCUCCACAAACGGUGUCUUGACACCGUCUGUGGCCGGAUGGUCCGAAGACGCCAUGGUCGACAUUGACGAUGUCCCCGAGAAGCUCAUCGAUGGUUAUGGACAGACGAAGUGGGUAGCCGAAAAGCUGGUCUACGAGGCUGCUCGCCGCGGCAUGCCUUGUAAAGUCUACCGCCCAGGUACAAUCAGUGGCCAUAGCAAGACAGGGUCUACCAACGCCUGGGACUUGCUCAAUGCCUUGAUUGUCGAGUCUCUGCAGCUCAAGACCGCACCAGGCAUCGACAACUGGUUCGCAGAGAUGACCCCUGUCGACUAUGUGAGCGCUGCUAUUACAACACUCGCCAAUCAUACCGACCCCAACCAAUUGGUCUACCACCUUGGCGAUCCCGCCCCAAUUUCGGCCAGCUACAUCUUCGACAGCCUACGGGAGCUUGGAUACACAACAACCAAGAUUCCAUGGGACGACUGGGUCGAGCUCUGGACCAAGAAGAGAGGAUUCGGCACCAAAGCUGCUGGUGACGUGCCUUUCACCGUUGACAUUCUUCGCGGUGGUAUGCCCACUGCCGAGACUCUGCAGGCCGUCACUGUCCUCAAGGACGAUGCCACUGCGUCUGUCCUGGCAAAGUACAAGCUGGAUCGUCCUAAGAUCGAUAGCCAUCUGCUUGAGACUUACACUCGUCACUUCUACGCUAGAGGAUGGCUUUCAAGACCGCCGCGUCGGGCCAACGUCAACGGCGCGGCAUCCAGAGUUAACGUGGGCCGCCUUGCUGGCAAGGUUGCCGUAGUCACUGGUGCUUCAUCUGGCAUCGGAGCAGCCGUCGCAGCUGGUCUCGCCAAGGAGGGCGCCCACGUCGCUCUCGCGGCAAGGCGCACCGAGGCCUUGGAAGGUGUCAAGGCCAAGCUUGCCGGCACUGGAGGCAAGGUUCUCAUUCACAAGACAGACGUCACGAAGAGGGAAGACGUCGAGUCGCUCAUGCAGACCGCGACCGAGAAGCUUGGACCGGUUGACAUUCUCGUCAGCUGCGCUGGUGUCAUGUACUUCACCAUGAUGGCCAACAACCACACCGAAGAGUGGGAGCGUACGGUCGACGUCAACUGCAAGGGUCUCUUGCACUGCCUGUCAUCUACUGUGCCCGGCAUGCUCGGUCGUGGAAAGGGUCAUAUUGUCGCCAUUUCGUCAGACGCCGGCCGCAAGGUGUUCCCGGGUCUCGGUGUCUACUCUGCUAGCAAGUUCUUUGUCGAGGCCACCCUGCAGAGUCUGCGUCUGGAGACCGCAGGCACAGGUCUGCGGGUGACUUCGAUCCAGCCCGGAAACGUGGCUACGGAUCUGCUCAGUAUGUCUACGGACGCCGAGGCCCUUAAGAAGUUCGGCGAGCCUUCGGGCGCCAAGGUCUUGAAUGCCGAGGAUGUUGCGUCGUCAAUUGUCUAUGCGGUCUGCCAGCCAGAGCAUGUUGCUGUCAACGAGGUGCUCAUUGAGCCUAGGGAUGAGCCCAUUUGA